GAAGCGUCUGCGGGCAGGUCUCGCAGCCCUGUCUCCCGCCCCCCCCUCCUCUCCCCGGUCCUGGCUGGUGGGCGACAAGGCAGACAAAGGUCCGUUUGUAACCUCCUUCCAGCACCUCCUCUCUUCUCCUUUUGCCCAAACUCACCCAGUGAGUUGGAGCAUUUCAGAAGAUUCCUCUGUCAAGAAGACCAAAGGAAAGGAGAAGAAAAAGGGGCCAAAAGCCAAAAUGAAAUUUAUAGUACUUGCUGUCACCGUUGGACUAACUUUGCUGCUAGGAGUCCAAGCCAUGCCUGCAAAUCGCCUCUCUUGCUACAGAAAGAUACUGAAAGAUCGCAACUGUCACAAUCUUCCAGAAGGAGUAGCUGACCUGACAAAGAUUGAUGUAAACAUCCAGGAUCACUUCUGGGAUGGGAAGGGAUGUGAGAUGAUCUGUUACUGCAACUUCAGUGAAUUGCUCUGCUGCCCAAAAGAUGUCUUCUUUGGACCAAAGAUCUCUUUCGUGAUUCCUUGCAACAAUCACUGAGAAUCAUCCUGUAUUCCAGACAACACCAUUCUUAAUUCCCCACAAACCACACUCUAACAGUGUAGCUGUAUUUCUGGUUCCUAUGCAGUGCAAUAAAGCACAGAUUCUAUAAA